AUGUUCCUGAUGUGGAUCUUCAUUCUAUCUGCUGCUCCAAACGCACUUUCUGCCAGCUCCAUCUUCUGCCGGGACCCAGAGGCCGGCGACCAGAACACAGAUCACAUGACUGAUUGUCUCGGCCUGCGCUUCACUUGGCUCCACUCGCUCUUCGAUAACUUCCCCUCGCUGCUGACGUUUGCUCUGAAGCUCCGCUGUGCGACGGGGCUUUGUCCACGCGACCUGGAAGACUACGGCUGCUCCUGCAGAUACGUGGCCUCUGGAAACCCUGUGGAUCCUCUGGACAUCUGCUGCGAGACUCACAGGUCGUGUUAUCAGAACGCUGCCCCCUGCAGGCAGGAGCUGCCUCCUCUUCCCCACGACUUCACCUGCUCAGCUGCAAACACCAGCUGUGAUGCUGGUGAUUGGUGUCAGCAGAGUCUCUGUGGAUGUGACCAGGCCGCCAUCGACUGCAUGACUCAGAGCUCGUACAACUCGACACUGAAAGGCCUCGCCCAGUCGUCCUGCUCCGCCUCAAACCAGACGGAUGUGCUCAGCGGCACCGUGGAGACCGGCGGAGCCUUCGGAGGAGCAGACUUCCUCUCUGCAGUGACCGACUCUGUGAGCCACCAGCUCUCCAACGCGUCCUCCCUGUCAGCAGAUCCAGUUCUGUUCGUCCUCGACAGAGAAACGCUGAGCGAAGCAGAAUCAGAGCCGAGUGACCCGUCUCCACUGAGCGGAGACACGGAGACGACUUCAACGCCAGCGACUUCCAAUCGGACUACAACUGUUCUUAGGACUACAACUCCCAGAGAGACGACGCCUGCUGGUCUGGAGGAGUCCUCUGAGGAAGUCAUCGUCACGUCAUCGCUGACAUCAGCAAAACCACAAAUCAGUCCGUCUGAGAAAAUAAGAUCAUCUGAAGAAGAGGAAGACGGAGAAGAUGAUGAAGAUGAAGAUGAUGAAGGGGAGCAGGGAGCUCCAGAUGAGCAUGGCGAGUUUAAACUCAGCAAACCUUUGCAGGAUCUUACAAUUUCUCAAUGAUUCAGUUUAAUUUUAGUAUUCUGAGGAUUUCUUUAUUCACACAAAGUCUGACAGAUUUAGACAGGCCUUUGUUUGGAACGAGACAGUAUUAUUUAUUAGAAGUACAUCUUAACAUGCGUUAUGAAGAAGCCUCCCUCUGUGGAUCAGAGUCUCAACACGUCCUCCAUGUUGUCCAGAUGUUCACUCACCACUCUGCUCUCCGUCUUCAUAAACACCGUUUCGUUCACGGAUUCUUUCUGGUGGAGUUUUAUUUGCAUCAUGUGUUCGGCUGAUAUCAGUGACACCACUUCCUGCAGGUGUUUCACAAUAAAAGACUUCCAGUGGCUCUCUUACUUUCCUGCUUAGCUUUUAUUGUGAAACUUCUGCCGUUAGUGCUCAGUGUCAAUAAACAGCAACAUAGGAGCAGAGCUGGUGAAUAGAGAGGAGAAUACUGCAUAAUACAUAACUACUGAUCAGUGCUUCUUAUCAGCCCGUUUGUUUUAUUGUUCUGUAUUAAUAUCUGAGACUCAACACAAGCCUCCAUGAGAGAUUAGAAAUGAUGUAAAAACUCAAUUAAGAAGAAAAGUGUUGACAUGCUGGUUCACUUUGUCGACUUCGACUCAUAAAUGUAUGAAACUCUGAUCCUCUUAAUGCUCUUCUUCCUCCUCCUCAGUCACAGAUAUGCUGACUGUGUUAAAAACUACGACUGCUGAAGCAGCAGCAGCACCGACCGCAGCCACAGAGGAGUCCGACGAGGGGAAGGGGAGCUCCACACCGUCAGCACAGAACACACCAGCCUCUCAGACGGGUCCGUUCGUUACAUCACUUACACAUUUAAAUAGAUUGGUGACACGAUUAAACAUGUCGUCUUCAAG